AUGCCCUCGCGGUAUGCACCAGACGCCUCGGAUUUGGCCUUGACACAACAUCCAUGGCGUGGGAAGACAAUUGUGGAACUAGGCAGUGGUACAGGGCUGAUUGGCUUUCUCGUGGCUAAAUUGGGUGUGGGAUGCACGACAUGGAUCACGGAUCAGAUUCCUAUGCUGCCCUUGAUGGAAGAGAAUGCUGCCCUCAACCCCGAUAUGGUAGAUCCAUGUCACGUUGCGGAGCUCAAUUGGGGUGAACCUGUCCCUGCUGACGUCCCUGCCAAGCCUGAUGUAAUUUUGAUGGCGGACUGCGUGUACCGUGAAGAGGCUUUCCAGCCUUUGGUUGAUACCCUUUGCAUGAUGGCCACGGCGACGACAGAGAUCUUGUUUUGCUAUCACAAGCGGCGACGUGCAGACAAGCGUUUCUUUGGUUUGUUGAAGAAACACUUCCACUAUGACAAUGUCAGCGAUGACAACGAAGUGCGUCGAAAAGCCUACCAAACUAGUGGCACAUUCCUUAUGCGGUUUACCAAGCGCUAA